UUUGCGUAUGUGGUCUUGUUGGGCAAACGAUGAAGAAAACAUGGCAAUGUUAUGAGUUUGGAGGCGAUGGGAGACCUUUCUGAAGACAGCGGGCAAAACCGCUUGUCUCACGUAUUCAUGGCCCCAGUGUGUUGUGUUUGAACGAUGCACGCUGGUUUUGGAUCUCGCUGGUACUUUAUGAUGAGAAGGGAGGUCUGGAGCCGAGAGAUCGAGAAUAACGGAACACAGCUGACGGGCGGAUCGACCACCGGACCUGGUAAACACACUGUCGCAUGUUGUGUGUCAGAGUCCAGUCUUGUGUGAAGGCCAAUGUCAACGCUAACUGUUGCAGGAGGCUGAGAUAGGAAGCCAGACAUCCAGAGUUAAAGCAGGUGGGCCAGAUAUGGGAAAUGACACCGCGCUGCUCCAAAUUCAUCCGCUUGAGCGAAGGAGGAUAUAGCCCCUCAGGCAAAAUAUCCUCCGAGAGAAAAACAGUGUUUGGUUUACGUUGUUUUAAACAAAGUAGCCUGUAUUAACACACCGUUUUACUACCCUGCACCCGACUCUUAAACAGUGCCAGCGUCGGUUGCGAGCAGCGUUAUUGUUUUUGUUUCAUCACUUUGCAGAAAUGUCCUUCACAAUGGAGGAUAAUUUGGAGUCGGGGUGGGUAGCCGUCCGCCCGAAUGCGUUUGAAGAGAAGGAGAAGCAUAAAUUUGUUUUUAUCGUCGCCUGGAAUGAAGUGGAGGGUAGAUUUGCCAUUACGUGUCAUAACAGGACGGUGCAGAGGAGAAGCUUUGGUAGGGACCCUCCGGUGGUGGAGGUAACCAGCCUGGAUGGAGACAAAACAAAAUGGCCCGAAAGUCCCGUCAGGGAUAAAGUAUCUAGGAGCCCCAGCAAAGGAGCCAGAGAGGGAGUGGAUAAAGGCUGCAGCCCUAAAACCAAGUCCGCCAUGGCAACAAAACCAAGUCCUGUCAAAAUUCAAACUGUGAUUAAAUCUGCAGCAUCUCCAGUCAGUCCGGACAUUGAGGUGUUAAAAUCACUAAGAGAGGACCAACUGUCCCCGUCACUGGACAGCUUGGACCUGGAGGAUCUGGAUAGUCUGAGCAGGGAGGACUGCAGCUGGGCCGGACUCUUCUCCUUCCAGGACCUCCGGGCGAUCCACCAGCAGCUGUGCUCGGUGAACUCGGAUCUGGAGCCCUGCCUCCCGGUGUUUCCGGAGGAACCGGCCGGGAUGUGGACGGUGCUGUUUGGCUCGGCGGGAGUACCUGAGACUGAAAUGGAUGAGCUUUGCUACAGUUUACAGGUGUACCUAGGCCACGCGCUCGAUACGUGCGGGUGGAAGAUCCUUUCGCAGGUGCUGUUCACGGAAAACGACGACCCAGAUGAGUACUAUGAGAGCUUGAGUGAGCUGAGGCAGUCAGGGUACGAAGAGGCGCUCAACCGUGCAACAAAACAUCUGCAAGAGCUGCUGGAGAGGCACAAGACAAUGGACAGUAUGGUGGAGCUGUUGGAGCUGUAUGAGGAGGAAGAUCAGGCAUAUGGAGGCCUGCUGGAGGCCUCCACACAGCUGUACCAGUACCUGCUGCAGCCUUUCAGAGACAUGAGGGAACUAGCAAUGCUACGCCGGCAACAAAUCAAGAUUUCCAUGGAGAAUGACUACUUGGGCCCAAGGCGAAUUGAAGCUCUGAAAAAGGAGGACUUCGACUGGCAGAAGAAAGCUCAGGAAGCAGUCCUAAAUAUCCAGGAGUUUACUGUAAAAUACUUUGAGAUCACUGCCAAGGCCCAGAAAGGCGUGUAUGAGCGUAUGAAGGUGGACCAGCGUAAGUUUGGUAAAUCUUCAUGGACAGCGGCGGUGGAGCGCAUGGAGAGACUUCGCUACUCUGUCGCAAAGGAAACUCUGCAGCUCCAGAGAGCCAGGGAGAUCUGUCUGGAGCAGAGGAAACACACACUUCGAGACGAGAUGCAGAGUCUGUGUAGCAGCGAGGAUGCCAUGGCCCUCUUAGACCACAUGGAGACACAGUACUAUGAGCUUCAGCUCCAACUGUAUGACAUCCAGGCUGAAAUACUACAGUGUGAAGAGCUGCUUCUCACUGCUCAACUAGACAGCGUUCGCAGACAGAUGACAGAGCGUCAGGAUGAGGUGGUCUACUAUGACACCUUUGAAAGUGCAGAUGAUAUUACAGAGGAUGACACUGCAGAGAGGGAAGAGCUUCGCAGACUUCAGGUCAGCGCUCGACAGCUGGAGGCAAGAAGGGGGCGCAUUACUGCCAAGCGCUCCUAUCUGAGGAACAAGAGGGAGAUCUGUGUAUCCAACCACACCCAGAAUCAGCAGAAACGUCAAACCAUCCACAAGGACUUUAUAUCCCACCAGAUCUUACAGCUGAAAAAUAAAGAAGAAGAAGACGAGGAAAGGAAGAACAGUAGAGUUAGUCAGGAGAGACAGAGAACUCUGGACAGAUUACGCACUUUCAAGCAACGGUACCCAGGUCAGGUAAUUCUGAAGUCUACUCGACUACGUGUGUCCCACAGUAGAAGACGAGACCGUGGAAGGAGCAUGGAAAUGAGUAGCGUGAGUGAGAGGGAGGAGCGUGUGGAUUCAGUCUGUGUCCAGACGCAGGGCCAGCCGCUGUGUCUCAGUACCAGUGUACAGACGGACCCCAGCCCCAGCUCCACGCUCACCACUCAGCCAGUCACGGCCCUCACAGCAUCCCUUCCUCCGCUGCCUGUGCCCAGUCCUGCAGACUCCACCUGCUCUCCGUGCUCCCUGUCCUCAUUACUGGCAUCCCCCAUCUCCCCUCCUCCUCCACCUCCCCCACCACCUCCUUUGCCAACAAAGGAGGAGUUGUCACCUUCUGGGAGCCCAGGUCGGCAUGGGCAAAAGGUUGAGGGGAAGAGUGCAGGAGAAGAGCUCUCCCUUUCCCCACUCGGCCCAUUUAUCCCUCGCUUCUUUGACAGUAGCCAACUGGUGAGCGCCCGGAAAAAGCUGAGGAAGACUCCAGAGUUUGACUCCCACAGCAGAAGAGAGAGUUCACCCAUGGACGAGGUGCUAGCCUCCCUGAAGAGAGGCAGCUUCCACCUGAGGAAGGUCGACCAGCGGUCCCUGCCUCCUGCCAAGGGUGACGAUGACCCCAACAGCAUCUUGGUUCAAAUUCGCAAGGGGGUCAAACUGAGGCGUGUCCCCAGGAAAGAAAGAAAGGACCAGGGAGAGCUCCCGGCCUCCACCGACCCCCUGACCAGGAGCAUCCAUGAGGCACUGCGCCGUAUCAAGGAGGCCUCACCAGAGUCUGAUUCAGAUGACGAUGGGCUGGCCGGCCCUGACUGGGACAGCUAGGAUUCAAGACUCAGACGCAACAAAUAAUACACACACAGAUGCCUGCACCCUCUGGCACUGCACACACUGUACUGUACUGCACUGUAAGGUGCUGUACUGUAUACACACAUGCACCAACACGUAGUUACUCAUUCAUUCACACUCAAGCACACACAGCCCAGUCACAAAUGUACCUAGUGACUAUGCCAGGGCCUGAAUCAUACCGAAUAUCACCAACUCACCAAAUGCUCGAGAGGUCUAUGGUCAACCUGUCAAUUUGGUUUUCACACUACAUUCACUGUCAUGAAGGACAUUAUUUGUGUUUUUAUUUCUUCUUUACGUAACUGUGGUUUUAUUCCUGUACUGUUAUAAGAUUGUAAUGAUGCCAUGUUUGUUUUUUAAUGUUUUUCAGUUGUACCAUUGAAAAGCUCUGCACUGGCCUUUUGUGACUAUAUUAACAUUCAGAAACAGCAUGUAACACAAUUUACAUCAUCAUACUGUACUGAUACGGAAAGCUAUUAGUGCUUUUUUCCACUUUUUUUCCAAAGCAUGAGAAAUUAGAAACUGUAACAAAAGUAUGUAAUGUGUAUGGUUGAUCAUUUGGGAUCAUGUGGGAGAUUGAAAAACAAAUAGAAGAUCCCACUGAGAUUCACCAUCAAACAUCACCUCUGCUGACACUCUUGUUUUUUUUUACGCAACCAGUGUACUAUGACUGAGCCACGCUAUGCUGCACAGCUGGUUUUGUCCUGUCAUAAUGGGUAGUGGUAGUGUCAGACAGUAUGAGGACCACUGCUUGUCUAAUCUGACACUGUACAAAUACUGUAAAUCCUUUAGUCUGUCACACCAGAUCUGCACCCCUCCCCCACUCUUGUCCUCUUCCGGCCCUCACUACCCUCCAACUCUCAACCCCUCUCUGGGUGAGGGAAUAUGUAUCGACCCAUCUGUUCGACUGCAGCAUAUGCCCAGGCUUGUGGGAGAUAUAAAGAGUCACAAUAGGUUUAUCAUUUGGAGCCACAUUUCAACAAUAUCUCCUAGCAGAAGCUGGUCACCUAGAGUAGGAGAGGAUUAGAUGAAGGGUAACUGGAAGAGCUUCAGAGUUUCUUGAGCGAGGUGGAGGUCAUGUUUAGUGUCAGUACUCUUUGUAACGUGUGGGCAGACUUGGUUGGUGAUUCCCGAACUUUGUAUGUGGGAUAGUCACGGCAGAGCUGUGAAACCGGUCACGCUUGUUUGAAUGAUGGAUGGUUUGUGGGAGGCUAGAUUCUCUCUGCGCUGUAGGUAGUCACUGUGGGCUGUGGAGAAGGCUGUCAUGAUUGAUGCGGUUUCUCCUGCCGUCUUAUUCACUUUCUCUCCUCUCCUCUAUUACUUUUUUUCUAAUUUCUUUCUCUGCACUCAGUGGGCAGACGCACACAGUAGGAGGUCUGUUACUCACAGUGUUGGAAGUGAAAACAUGCUCAUGCACACAUGGACUUGUGCACUAAAUUCAUAGCCGACAUGUGCAGAAACAUUUUAGUGGCAAAGUGAUUCCACAGCAUCUACUCAUAAGUCUUUUUUUGGGGGGAAAUUGUUUCAGCACUUUCAUGAAACAUUGUACAUUCUGAAUCACUUUAUCUCUACAGUAACUUUGUUUUUUUAAUCAUUGGUGAAACGUUUUAUCUGUAGAUGGAUAAGUAUAAAAGCACUGAACAACAUGUGGAAUUGGACCUACAUAAGUGUGAUUUGAAGGACAGUAUGAGGACCAGUGGGAUGCUUAGCAGCACAGGAAUUCACGCAAGCAUACAUGUUAACAUGAAACAAAAAGAUGUGGAUUCAUAAACUAAGCUCUAAAUCUGGAGCAACCUCAGCAUGCACUGUCUUAAACAGCUUUGAUGCGAAGAUUUGUGCUUUUCUUCUUGUUCUUGUGUUGAGAGCCAUUCGUGGAUUAAUCAUGAAGCAGACACUAAUGUAGAAAGAACCACCAUGGAAGUAUACUGUAUGUUACAUUAUACAGCUUGGAAAUAGCUCAGUGCUAAAGAAAGUUUAUUAUUUUCCUGGCAGAGCAAAACUGAGGCACUUUUACAUGUCUUCUGUCACUGUCAGCACAGUGUUCUACCAUGGUACUCUCAUCGUGUAGCAUGAGACAGAGAUCUAACCCUGACCUGACUCUUAACUUAAAUCUUACCCAGACCAUACCUGACUUAAAGUCUCUUUAACAGACCAGGACAGAGUUUCCGAAAAGAUGUUACAAUGGCCAUCAAUGUGCUUAAAACUUUUGGGAAACUGGGCUCAGAAUGUGACACCUUCGCCAUGAAUCAUCUAUCUAUCACCUGACCUGACCAUAGAAACACACUGUCAUGUGUUUUACAUUGAUCUAUAAAUAACUUUAACUCUGUUUGUUUGUCAGCUAACUAUGAUUUUAUAUUGCAUUUCAUGCUUCAUUUGUAUCCAGUUUUUUCCAAAGCCUUUCCAGCCAAAUUGUUUUGUGAUGUGUUUACUUCUGAACAUUUCCUAUGUAGACCUGUUAUCCACACAGGCUGACUAUAUGACCCACUGUCUGAAAAUUCCAGUCAAUCACUUAAGAAGUGCAAUAUCAAUAUAGGGAAAUACAAAAAAAGACAUGAAAAAAGUUAAUGAGUGAUAUUGAGUUCAGAUUAAUUGCCUAAAACAACAGGCUUAUUAAAUGUUGCAGAUGUUUUUGCACGAGUGUAUAGACAUACUGUUCCAAGAAUACCUUUUUGCCUUCAGUCCUAGCAUUUUCAUUAACCUUUUUUUUAUUUACAACCUCACCCCUGCAUUUGAAUAAAACCUUGUGAAGCAAAUUUUGAGUUUUCUGUUUCAUUGUUGAAUAAUUGAGUUGAAAAUGUGUUGUUUUGUUAACGAAAGAGAAGAAAA